AUGUGCUUGCAGCUUGCAAGCCUGAAACACGCUGUCUCUAAUCAUAAGAACACCUUAAUAAUUCUACUCGUCCUCGUCACACUCACUCUUGCUUGCCAUCCUGGAAAGCACAAGCAUAAGAAAUGCAAGGACGACCACGGACAUGGGCACGGACAUGGACAUGGAAAGCACGGAAAUAAACACGGCAGUCAAGAAGACGACUGUGACGACUAUUAUUACUACUACGACUACGAAGAUGACCAUGACCAUGACCAUCACCAUCAUCCCAAAGGGAAAGGAGGGAAAGGAAGUGGAAGCGGAUCUGGAGGCGGUUAG